AUGAAAGACGCGAUAAAUGAUUCUGACUUAGACAAGAUUGUUAAGAAUCAAACUGAAAUUCAUCAAAUUUUGGAAUCAACAGCAUCUUCUUUAACCCAAUUCAAUGAAUUCAGUUCAACAAAAUAUGAUGAACUUGCAAAAAAAUUUGAAUUACAUUCUAAAUGUAUUAAAGAAAUGAAAAUUGACUUGGAAUAUAUUUUUAAAAAGAUAAGGUUAUUAAAAACUAAAAUAGCAAGUCAGCAUCCUGACGUUUUUGAACAAGUGGAAAAAAAACUUCCUAAAAAUGAUGAGGAUGAUGAUUAA